AGUUUGUAUUUGUCUCUUAACCGAUAAAGCAGUUGCUUAAAAGGCAUUUGAGAAACGAUUGUCGCAAAGAAAUAUACAAUUCAAUCGUGAAAUCGAGAGUUUUGAGUACACGUUCCUCCCCUUAGGUUGAGGAAUUUAGUGUUUUGAUUGUCAAACUAAUAAUUGAAUGGAAAGCGUUGCUUGGAAAUGCCUUCUCUCGCCUUAUCAAAUAUUUGAGCCUAGUGUAUUUUUCCGUUUUUUUUAUCCCGGUAUUCAUUUUGUGUCAAAACUGUGUUUUUUACUUGGAGUUUUCACUUCGAAAGAUCGCUUGGACUACGCUAAAUUCUUAUUUUGUUUUCUGUCUAAAUUCGACAGAAUAGCAGGUGCGUCGAGAAAUGUUCAUCGACAAACUUGAUUUAUGACCUCAUCUUCAUAAUGCCUAAACAAGUUAUUAAAUUUGUCUUAUUUAUUUCUCUCUGGUUACACAAAAUACGGGUAUCAUCUUUCAGAAAAAAAUCAGACAAAGUAUUUUAUAUAUGUUAAUUAUAUAGCCAAACAUUUUAAUAAUGCAUCUGCUCUCUUAAAAAAAUGACUAGAAAAAUAAACUAAUAUUCAAUCGAAAAUAAGGAAAAAUGGGGUUAAAGUUAUGCUUAAAAAGGUUAGAAACUAAAUUUAAAGAAUGCUCCAGAAAUAAGAACGGAAUUAGACAUUCUUAUAAAAAAAAAUCAUCGCCCAUGAGAUUGAAUAGAGCAUUAGCGAUUUACUUGAUCAUAGGCUUGAGUAUGCAGUUUGUCGAGUGACGAGGUACGGACACUCGUGGCAAGAGAAUCCGACAUGUUUAUUUGGGGGGGAGUCUUCAGGGUAAAAGUGAUAGGGACGCUCGACGCGACAUUCGAAAAAUGCCCCUAAAAUGCCUGCACACCAACAAUUGCCAACCUAAAAGUACCCCAGAAGCAACAUUUCUCCCUAAAAAAUACCAAAACGUAUUCGAUUGUAUAGCCUCUAAUAUAAAAUAAAUGUCAAAGUGUUGUAUUAAGAUGUCGGAAGUACUUUAAAUAAUCAAGAAAACGUUUGCUCGAAGUGCCCAUUUUUGCGAACCCCCUUUAAAUGCCAUUUCAAAUAUAAAAGCCUAUUUUCUCUCAGAUACCACCUAAAAAUACCUGAGGCCCGAUUUUGAUCCCAAAAAAUAGGACGAGCAUUCCUGUCAGGACGACAUGAGAAGAAUCCCCCCGGGGCGGCAUGUGACGCAGUAUUUGGUAACGCUAUACGAAUGCAUUCGAGCCAGUGAUUUGAUAAUACUAGUGCGCACAUGUACACAGGAAUGACGGCACUUCGCGAUCCAAGGAUGCGCAAAAUACUCACAUUUAAACGAACUGGCCUAAGACAAAACACAACAAUGAUCCGUCGCAACUCUUUGGGAAAUCUCCAAUAUUUGCCGCUGUUAGCUGUUGGAAUUGCGAGGUCUAAAAACUGUACAUAGACAGUACUUACAAAUGAAUCGAGAGGAAAUAGCCGGCCACUUUGAUUUCAAUCUGUUGCUGCUGACCCUUACCAGUGGUUGUAUUGUCGUCGUCAUGGCAAUGCUCUCCAUGCUCUGCUGGCGGAAAUUCCGCAAUCUCUCUCUCCGAGAACAGUUCUUAGACUACAGGGAAGUGCCUACCUCUGGUGAAAAGGAAGAUAGAAUAGAAGGCGAGUCGGAACUCCCACAAAAAAUCACUCCGGGUAGUGACAUGGAAGAUAUACUUGAGAAACCUGUCCCCAUACUCCGCCAGGUUCAGAGAGGCCCUAUGAAGCACUAUGCCAAGCAUCCCCCGCCCCCAUGGACACCGAAACCUGAGCUUAGCGUCGUUUCCGUACAGCCCUUGGAAAACGAUAAGGAAAACGAAGACGAGGAUCCAGUUUCAAGCUCAUCUGAUGAGGACGAAGGAGCCACUUCCCCGGUAGAGUUAGCCGCCCCGUACGACAUCCGGGAAAUACCACCACCGGAGCAACACACCUCGCCCAAGGAUGCUGAGUUCUUAGGACGGCUUUAUUUCUCCCUGCGAUAUAAUGGACAAAGGUCACUUUUGGAGGUACGUGUUAUCAAAGGUGAAGAGUUCCCUCCAUAUCUUGGCCAAGCUCCAGACGUGUUCAUGGAAGUUCGACUCUCUCCAGCCAUGAAGAACAGUCAGCUAAAGACAGAGAUUCAUGAACGAGCCUCACACCCAACCUUUAAUGAGGUAUUUGAGUUCGGCUUGCCCUACGACGAAAUAAAAACUCAGACGCUUCACUUAAGCCUACAGUACAUGGAUAAAUACUCUCAUGCGUUCAGCGUAGGCGAAGUCGUUCACCCCCUAGAUCACCUCGAGCACGAACAAGAAACUCUUCUCCGAGAAGAAAUGAUCGUCUGUCGGGAGAUACUUAAGUUAACCCAGCAAGAUUCUGACAAGUCACGUGACCUGGGGUUUGGUCAGAUUCUUUUCUCGCUGAUGUACAUGCCGCUGACCAGGCGGUUGACGAUUGUGGUGUUCAAGGCACGUGACCUCAAGCCACUGACGGAGGGAUAUCCAGCGGUUUAUGCCGAGGUCGUUUUAGUAAACAGCUCAAGACGAAUACGGAAGCGAAAAGCAACAACAGUGAAAAACAGCACAUUAAACCCCGUGUACAACGAGGCUAUGGCGUUCGAUGCUGCUAAUAUGAAGUUAGAGGACGUCAAACUCCAGAUAUUCGUCAAACAAAAGCUCGAGGGAGUUCCUGAUAAAAUAAUGGGCCGUGUGGUACUGGGCACGAGUGCAGAAGAUUUAGAAAGAGAACAUUGGAACGAGGCUAUGACUGCAAAGAAACCGAUCGCGCGUUGGCAUAGUUUGAGGGAGUUUCACAACUCGCUUUUACCGACGCGUCCAAACAGGACGUCAAAACCUAUCGCCUCAAGUACAGACAAAAAGGCUGUGCCAAGAUAUUUUGCGACAUCCUCUGAGAGCGAGGGCUAGAGAAAUAAAGAUAUAUGUAUUUUUUUUUUUUUAAAGCGCAAGUUAAAUUAUGUCAUAUUAUAACUCAUUAUUUCUACCCACUAAAUAAAUUAACGUUAACAAUUUUUCAAAUAAGCACAACAAUAUUUAAAUGAAAGAGGGAGCUUAAGAAGCGUUUUUACUUCCAGGCUGUUAUUUUGCAUGCUUCUUUUCAAUUUGAUGACUGGGAUAGGUUGAGUUGUUGUCCCCACAUGAAAAAUAGAAUGGGAAAUUAUUACCUUUCCCGUUCACUAUUAGCGCAUUAGAAGCGCAUUGUAUUAUAUCUAUCUCCUUUAAGCGCAUUGACUCAAAUAAAAUACCUUUUAGGUCUCUCAGGUGUAUGUUAUCUCCGAACGUCUAUAUUUUUUUUCACAGGGGCGAUUUAUUAGUUUAUAGUAGUUAGAAGAUAAAAUAAUGGGCUUUCCUCAUUGAAAUCACAAUUGAAAUAAACACACAUAUUUAUGCAGUGAAA